CAAACUUUUCCAAAAUGGCUGCCCAUGUCAGAAAUAGGUUUUUGUGAGUAUGUUUAUUGUGACAUUUUAUGUCUCAUUUUAGCCGAGAAAGAAAGACUUUGUACUACAACAAGAAUUGAACGAUAGUAAUAUAACUUAUCUAGGGAGCUAGAUUUCGUUCACGUGCACAUUUGGAAUGUAUCGGCGCGGCGGGGGCAAGAGGGACCACAAUAACAAGCCGGUGAAGAAGGAUGAGAGUGACAGCAAUAAAUAUGCCGAGCUUCUCGUGUUCGGCUAUGCCUGCAAGCUGUUCCGGGAUGACGAGAGGGCUCACUUCCACGAGCAGGGCAAACAGCUCAUCCCAUGGAUGGGGGACAAGAACAUCCUGAUUGAUAGGUAUGAUGGGCGUGGUCACUUGCAUGACCUCUCGGAGUACGACACAGGCUCGUGGAACAGAGACUACCAGCUGUCCGAGGAGGAGGCCAGGAUCGAGGCCCUGUGUGAUGAGGAGAGGUACCUGGCCAUGCACACAGACCUGCUGGAGGAAGAAGCCAGACAAGAGGAAGAAUACAAGCGUCUGAGUGAAGCUCUGGCAGAUGAAGGCACCUAUAACGCAGUGGGCUUCCGCUACAGCGCAGACUACUACGACCCUUCCCAACCCACUGAGGAAGAGGAGGCCAACAGGGAGACGGAAGAAACAGAGCCGCAGGAGAGCGAGGAACCCUUUGUGGCACCCCCGGGCCUGGCGAUCCCCCCCGAUGUGGAGCUGCCAGCGACCACCAAAACCCAUGCCAUCAUUGAGAGGACGGCCAACUUUGUGUGCCUGCAGGGGGCCCAGUUUGAGAUUGUUUUGAAAGCCAAGCAGUCUGGCAACUCCCAGUUUGACUUCCUGAACUUCGAACACUACCUGAACCCCUACUACAAACACAUCCUGAAGGCCAUGAAGGAGGGCCGCUAUACCUCUGCCUCCGACAAGCAGGAUUUACAGGACUCUGAUGAUUCUGAUGAUGAUGGGGAUGGCAACUACCUCCACCCCAGCCUGUUUGCUCCUAAGAAGAGCUCUCGCCUUGAGGAGCUGAUGAAGCCUCUCCAAGUCAUGGACCCAGACCAUCCACUGGCAGCGCUGGUCCGGAAAGCCCGACAGGAACAGAACGGAGCUGCCGCUGCAGCUGCCUCCGCCAUGGCAACCAAGCCAGAGGAAGUACCCGCAGAGCCGGCUGUGCCUGCCACACCGGCAGAGUACGCAGCUGACCCUGACAUGGCAGCGCUGUAUUAUGGGUACUGCAUGCUAUCUGAUGGGACCUACUGCCUGGCUCCGCCUCCCCCAGGGAUAGAUGCCAACGCUUACUACAGCUCCCUACCCUCUGGUAGCAUGCUGGCUGCGCCCUCUUACUCUGGAGCCCCGCCCCCUCCAGGGACCACGCCCCCUCCACCUCCUGAGCCAACCACACGGUUCAUCUACACGGCACCUCCGACUACAUUUCCCAUUAUCCCACCGCCAACUACAGUUCCCAGCCAGGUCCCAGUCCGCCUCUCAACUCCUCCUGCUCCUGUUGUACCUGCUGCUGUCAUACCAGAGACCAGUUCGCGGCCCCCUGCUCAAGUUGCUGUGGCAGCGCCAGCCAUCAUUCCCCCACCCCCUGACAUCCAACCGGUUAUUGACAAGCUGGCUGAGUACGUAGCCAGGAACGGUGUCAAGUUUGAGACCAGUGUCCGCGUCAAGAAUGACCCGAGGUUUGACUUUCUUCAGUCCUGGAACCAGUACAACACCUAUUAUGAGUUCAAGAAGCAUUACUUCAUGAAGAAAGAGGGAAUCAGCCUGCCUGAGUGUGGCUCUCCGUCAGACAGCAUGGGCCCAGGAGAGGGGGAGACUGAUGGCGGCAGCGUGGGUAACUGUCCCUCUGACAAAUUGAUGGAGGGCAAGCUAAUAAAAGCAUCCUUUGCGCCGAUCUGCUUUGCCAUCAAAGCCAAAGAAAACGACAUGCUACCGCUGGAGAAGAACCGUGUGCGGCUGGACGACGACUCGGACGAUGACCUGGACAAGUUGCUGGGGGAGGAGGGUCUGAAGGCCCUCCGAGACGGGGGUGAGAUGGUGGUCAGAGAGGUUCCUGCAUCCCCCGCCCCCGAGGAGAAGAGACCCACUCUCACCCUGGAGGAGCUGGAGGCUAAACAAGCCAAGCUGAAGUUGGAGGACCGUCUAGCUGCGGCCGCCAGGGAGAAGCUGGCCCAGGCCUCCAAGGAGUCCAAGGAUAAGCAGCUGCAGGCGGAGAGGAAGAGGAAGGCAGCCCUGUUCCUCCAGACCCUCCGGAACCCCCUCACUGGAGAACCUGAGACCAGACGGCCCGGCGAGACCCCUGCCAUGCCUGAGAUUCUGCAAUGCCCUCCAGUGGGUGGUGAAGACAGCCCUGUACAUCACUGGGACCGUGCCGCCACCCAUCCAGGACAUCUACUUGAGACCGUGCCGGAGGAGGUCCCGCAGAAUUAUCAAGGACCACACAUACCCCAGCCACGAGCUGUUCACUUCCUUACCAUCGGGGAGACUGGUCCUUCUCAACCAUGCAACAAGAAAAGAUAACAACAUGAACAUAAAGUGUUUGUGUGUGUGUGUGCUCACGCACUCACUCACCACUGGCCACGGUGCACGCUGUGUCCUCUGUUGAAUUGAGUCAAAUCGUUCACUGUGGACAGCCCCAUCUCCUACUCCCCAACCCUUCAAAUCUAUUGAUUUAUUUAUAGAAUAAAUCUCAAGCAAAAAGUUCAUACAUAUUGAUGCCUUUCAAUCUAAUCUCGUAAAUGAUUGAGUAUGAUACAUUCUCUGUGUGUGCACUUACAUGAAGAUGUUUCGGCAGGAGCGUACGCGUGGGUGUGUACGUGCCUGUGUUUGUAAGUACAGUAUGUAUUUUUGCAAGUGUGUGUGUGCGUCUCUCUUUCUCUCUCGUUUCUCUGCUUGUCUCUUUUUCUCUGCCUCCCUCCUUACCCAGGGGCCCUAGUCACUUCCCUCUAGAGUUGCUGUGGCACUCUAAUUGAUUGUGCUCUUUGUCUCUGGGCUGACAUGCUCUGUUCAAAGGAUGGCCUCUCUCCUGGGAGACCUUUGUCUCUCCAGUAGGUAGCUCAGCCUCUUUAAAGGGCCUGCCGGAGCCCAGCCAGAGGCCAGCCGGGCUAAUGGGCAUGAUUAGAGACAAAACCGGGGUGGAGAGCUGAACUGCAGACACCGCAAUACUACUCCCCCUUUCUUCCUCUUGCGUGCGCGCUUGCUCUUGUUCUCUCUUUAUUUUUCUCUAUAUCUUUUGCUCUCUCUCUUUCGGACUCUCCUGGAUACAAAUAUCUGAAGUGUCUGCACUUCAAAUAUUGAUAUCUGAAGUGUCUGCCUGUCCUGGCCCAUAGUCCCCCUGUCUCCCAGCACCUCAGGGAUAUGUGGUUCUUUUCUAAGGGAGACUGUCAGGCUUCUCCUUCUAAAUGGCUUUCAAGCUACAUUUUUAUUAUGGCUUCCAUGAGUGACCUGCCAGUUAAAGAGUCAAUGUGUUGCCGGUUAAGAUCUGUGCUCCACUAACUAAGAUAGGCCUAGCGUAAAACUUCCAUUUUUAGCCUGGGUGUUUAUUUUCUUAAAUCAAUGAGCACAACAGGUGCUUAUUAGAGACAGGCUUCUAUUUGAGCCAGGUGUCUUUAUCCUUAAUGCACACAGCUUUUGCUACUUUGCAUAGUUAAAUGUUUAAUUCCUGCAUUCACUUCCAGCGGUAUACACUACCGUUCAAAAGUUUGGGGUCACUUAGAAAUAUCCUUGUUUUUGAAAGAAAAGCACAUUUUUUGUCCAUUAAAAUAACAUCAAAUUGAUCAGAAAUACAGUGUAGACAUUGUUAAUGUUGUGAAUGACUAUUGUAGCUGGAAAAGGCAGAUUUUUUUAAUGGAAUAUCUACGUAGGUGUACUGAGGCCCAUUAUCAGUAACCAUCACUCCUGUUUUCCAAUGGCAUGUUGUUAGCUUAAUCCAAGUUUAUCAUUUUAAAAGGCUAAUUGAUCAUUAGAAAACCCAUUUGCAAUUAUGUUAGCACGGCUGAAAACUGUUGUCCUGAUUAAAGAAGCAAUAAUACUGGCCUUCUUUAGAAUAGUUGAGUAUCAGCAUUUGUGGGUUCAAUUGCAGGCUCCAAAUGGCCAGAAACAAAGAACUUUCUUCUGAAAUUCAUCAGUCUAUUCUUAUUCUGAGACAUUGUUAAGUGACGGCAAACUUUUGAACGGUAGUAUCUAUGAAAUCAAAUCAAAGUAUAUUGGUCGGGUGCACAGCUUAGCAGAUGUUAUAGCGGGUGUAGUGAAAUUCUUAUGUUACUAGUUUCUAACAAUGCAGUAAAAUGUCAAACAAGUACACAAAUAAUUAACUUUUUUUUAAUGUACUACAAAAAAUACAAGAAAUCUCUAACGUUGGGACGAAUCCAAUUAACAAUCCAAAUAGCACUGUAACAGUAAUCAAAUACUUAUGUCAUGCAAUAAAAUGCAAAUGAAUUACUUAAAAAUCA